GUCCGUGGGGCGCCGAAUGCGCGCAUGCGCAGGACGUCGCGCCACUGGCGUCGCCUGGCCAGCGCGCCUCAGCGACGUCCAAGCCACCGCCGCCGCCGCCAGUGGACGCUCGACCGCCGUCGCUGCCGCUGCAGUCCGCGACCCGCACGACCACUCAGAGGCGCCACUCCACGACCGCUGCACGACCGUCCGUCACCGGUGGAGGGCCUUUUUGUGGAGCGGAAGUGCAGCGUGAUGCCGGGUCCGUAACGGCAUGGGAGGCUCGGGAUCUACGCUGAAAGGCGGCGGCGCGGAAGCGCCCACCGGCGGAGGUGGAGGUGGGAGCGGCAGCGGGGGCGGCAGCGGGCGCCGCUUCUCGCAGCGCGCGUCCUCGCUGUUAUCACCGUCCUCGCCGCCGCCGCCCCCACCGCCGCCGGAGAUCUCGGAGCAGCAGAAGCAGCUGCUCACGGACGCCUGGAAGACCCUCGAGGACGACAUCGCCAGCGUGGGCGUCAUCACGUUCAUCAGCUUGUUCGAGACACAUCCAGAUGUGCAACAGGUCUUUAUGCCUUUCAACGGGAUCGCCAUAGAGGAUCUGAAGCACAGCAAGCAACUAAGGGCUCACGCGCUAAGGGUGAUGGCGUUCGUGCAGAAGGCCGUGGCGCGACUGUACGAGCCUGAAGAGAAGCUGCUGACUCUACUGCAGGAUCUGGGCCGUAAGCACGUCUCCUAUGGCGCCAAACAGGAAUAUGUGGAUUUAAUCGGGCCGCAGUUCAUACAGGCGAUUAAACCUUCGCUGGAAGCUCAGUGGAGUGACGAACUCCAGGGGGCCUGGGAGCGCCUGUUCGAGUACAUCGCGUUCCACAUGAAGGCGGCCAUGGAACGUGAGAAGGCGGAGAAGCGGCGCUGACCUCCGCUGUUGGGCCGCGCGGGGUCCACGCCCUGAUCUCUCCGGCGCGGCGCUACCCGCUCUCACCCCGUUGCUGAGGAAGCAGAGCCAACAGCGAGUCGAAACGUCGAGCGGUGAUUUCUGUGCGCCGUGGCACCCCACACUGAGCUUAGUCGUGAGAGAUCGUCUGUGAACCACGUGACUGUAAAGUGCAAUCUCUUUUCUAUAUCGACUCUUCAGAAGGUGAACCCAAGCACAAGAAAUCGAGGCUGACGACCGUGGUACUCAAAAUAAUAAUCUUCGUAAACUUUCAAAAGAAGACGCGUCCUCCAUUUCAAACAAGGUUUUCUACAGACGUUUUCCCUUUCCAUGAAGUAUGGUGAGAAAGUCGGACAACCGCAAGUACCUCGCAAAAUGCUGAGGCAAUGAAUGGAUUAACGUAUGGCCUCCAGCACUGUUAUGAAGUAGCUCGCCGUCGCUAGCUCUUUCCAACUAUGUCUCCUGGUUGGGGAAAAACCAAAUAUGGCAGAGUGUGAGCAUUAACAACUUCGACUGCUAAUGGCUUAGAAGCCACGCUGCCUGAAUAAGACCUGAAUAGCCUUGGCUCUGAAAAUUUUAGUAAUCUUAAUUGUGUAGGCGUUUUGCUGUAGCUGGCAUUUAGAAAUUUUAAUUUUGUGCUGAUCCUGCCAGGACUUGCGCACGCUAUAGACACAAAUACAACGUCUGCUGUGGUUCAUCCGCCUUUCUGGUACCGUGAGUUUACUUGAACAGUAAUUGCGACAGCUACACAAUUGCAGAAAACCUGGAAAGAGCUUGUGCAUAAUCUCUGCAGCACUUUCUAUAAAGGCAUUUAAAACCUAAUCGUGUAUUAAUGACAGUUAUAAUACAUUUUCAACCAGAUUAACUACUGAGACAGUUACACGUAACUCCAGUCAAGUAUGAAAACAUGUGUUCAGCUUUGAAGUCCGCUCCUAGCUGGGAAAUGAAACGGAACUAUUGGUCAAAAAACUACUGGUCCAGUAUUUUCGUAUCGAAGUUCUUUUUAAGAAACCCGGCUAGCGAAGUACUUUAACACAUUAUCUGAUGAGCUCUCUGGUCUUUAUGUGCCCUGUGUAAAAUGUGAGUUGAAGUCUUCGAAGUUGUACAUGCCACUGUGUUUUGUUUGGGAACAAAUUACGCUACUUAGACUCUUUCGGAUCAACAGUAAAAAAUUAAAAGAAGAAAACUGUAAUUAAUGAAAUGAAGAAUUUGUCUUUGCCUUGUCAUUAUAACAAAGAAUGCUUUGAAGCAUAUGAAAGAAAUUAUGUAACACAUUUAAAUUAAUUUUUUUUCCAUUCGACACAUCUAUUUUUUAAUAUAUGGUCUAAUUUUUAAAUUAAUUACAUUCUCUAACUCUCAUAAAAUUAACCUUAAUGAAAUACGCGAUGUCUAAUAAAAGUCGAUUACAAUAGGUAAAUUGAAAUGUUUGGAAUUCAGUUAAUGAAUGCGAGAGUAAUACGGUGACGGUAGGACGAAAUAUAAUUGUUCCCUUCUUCAGAUCACGUAAGAUAAUAUUAGAUUUUCGAUGAGUUAAAUAAAUCCCUUCCAUAUCGUUCGACACAGCUGCCAUAAAUGAAACGUUUUAGAAAACAAAUCUGUAAGCUUUCAUUAUGAACUUGAAUUGAUUCUCAAAUGUGAUUCCACUGUGAAUAACAUUCAUAACUUGUAGAUUAUAUCAACGAAAUCUACAGAUAUUAUGUUAACGCUGGACAUUGAAAAUUCGCAAACAUGAAUAAAUAUUUCCUCCUUAUAUCGCCUCGUUCGGUUCGUUUCGAUGUAUAUCAUUUUCUGCGUGUCGGAAACCCGAAGAUGUCCCCAAGUUGAAGAGAAAAAUUCUGGAACUUCCUCUUUUACCUCAGUAUUAUGUAUUAUCAUUUCAAGACUCGCCCGACUCUGGUUUAGAGGCAGUUACGGUGUCUGGAGGCGGACGAGGAUCCUGCAGUAUGGCACUGCACACGAAAUCUUGGGGACCAGUCCCUCGACAUAAUUCAAACUAUCACUUACUUACCCACUUCCAGUAGAAGAGCUUUAUGGAAUAAUAAAAGUGCUUUGUGUACAUUUAAUUCUUUUCGUAUUACUUCUGUGAAAGCAUCAGCGGGAAGUUUAUUCACUGAACAAAUCAUAAACGAAUAUCCGUCGAAAUUAGGAAAUCAACCUUUUUAUAUAAUAACCCAUAUCAGACCAGUUCUACAUUUAUUGCUCUAUAUAAGAAAACAUCAUACAGGUAACUUCCAAGACGAUCACAAAAUAUUCUGAACACCAUCAAUGAAUAAGCUAAUAGUGUAAAGUGCUUAUUUUUUAUUUGCGUAUCUUGCACAUGUUACGUGCAUGUUCAGAAGGCUCCAAUAAAUAGCGUAACAUGACCAUGGAAAUUUACGUUUGAAUAAGAGAAUUAAAGGGGUGCCUUUGACAAAUCACUGAUUCGAUAUAAGCAGCCUCAGUUCUUUCGUUCACAACCACAUACGUUGAAAAAAUUUGGUAAACCAAUUUCACUUGUUUUCUUUGCACCGAACCUAACGGUGGGGUUAUGUGUAUGACUUUUGAGAUCAGUAUUCCCGAAUUCGAUUCUUUGUAAUAUUAGAAAAAAUAGUUCCACUACUUUUUCCAGGUUAGUUUUUGUUUUACACAAACUCUGAGGCCCCAGGUUAGUAUCCAGUGCGAGAAUUUUUAUACUCAUAGCUUCUCCACUUUUGUCAUUUUUUUUUCCUUUUCGACAAAAGAAUUACACCUGGUUUUCCAGCGUAAUUUUUUUUUUUUGCCACCUCAUUUUAAUGCGCAGUCACAUGCACGAAGUUACGUCCAUGUUAGUACUCUGUCGCACUCAAAGUGUUAACAAUGCCCAUACGUCCAUUAGCAGGUCACUAGAGAGAGCUAAGAGAUGCAUAUAAUUCACGUUUCGAAAACAGUCAACAGCUAGCGACCAGUGAAGUCUUCCAGAUCAUAUCUAAGAAUAUGCAGAAAAACUCAUCAAUAGGAAACGUGGUUAAAUAGGUGCAACUAAAUACACCGUAUUUAGAAAGAACGAAAUCAGACUCUCACUUCACGUGGGCUGUCAAAUAACCCUAGAAUACCGGCAGACUGAUAAUCAUCUGUCGCACUUACGUCGUUCGAAAUUUGUUUUAUAUUGUUGAAACAGACCUUUUAAUGCUAAUCGUCAAAGUAAAUAUUGCUACGAAUAUCCAAAAAUACGUAGGUACGGCCGUCUUCAUAUACCUUUGUCCACAAAGUACUUAUUACUGUGAAUAACCUCAGUUUCUUCCGCUACUAUUCACACCCGUGUAGAUCUCUAUCUUUAAUUCAUUAACAGACUCUUUAAUACUGCGUGAAAAUUGGACAAGAGAUAUUUAGUAAUAACAUUGUGUGCACCAACAGCACAUGAUCAUAAAUCCUGGUAACUAUCGGAACAAGAUUUUUAAUUGUCUCUUACCAUAUAACAUUGAUCAUUCAUAUUUUCUUUCAGAUAUACGUGUAGUAAAGAUGUUGCUGUAGUUGCUGAUUAAAAUUCUAUCGUCUCAGAUAAAAGUAUGAAAAAUCACAACUACUUACUCUUGUCGUAAAUAUGAGAAAAUAGACUUUUACGUUUAUCGUAAUCAGAUAAUUACUAAAAUAUGUUUAGUUAGAUUGAAAAUAACAUUUCAUAUUACAGUGUGUCAUGGUUUUUCGUAGUAACAUACAAAAAACAGAAACUUGUUAAAGCGUUCUUUUAUUCUUUUUUUCUUUUCUUUGCAAAUUGUAUUUUUCUCAGUCUUUUUACUUCGGGAAUUAAAAUUUGUCUUUUGAAGUUUGGGUAUAUCAUUAUGCUACAAUUGCUGCUUUACUACUUGGGGCUAGGUAUUUUGAGAGGAACUGUUAUUAAGUGAUAGUAAAAGAGAAUUGUAUUAAAUCUGCAGAAUACACGUCAUUCUCAAUAAUUCAGUAAAACUCAGUUUCAGUGCAACCAAACGACUGAUCAGUUGUCUUGUUAUCUUACAUCAUGUUAUGUCUGCCUUCGCCAGAUGGUCUAAAAUGGCGAAUAAUUUGUUCAAGAAACAAGGAAGUAUCAGAAACACACACACACACACACACACACACACACACACACACACACACACACACACACACACAUACUACACAUUCCCACUAUAUAGCAAUGUAUAAAUGUGUAAAAAUUUCUUCUCAUCUCUUUGUAAAAUCUAAGAGAUAAAGUUCUUGAAACAAUCUUGUACCUAAGCUGAUCACUUCAUUUUGUUUUAUUUGUAUACGACAUCGACUAUAUUUAAGGAAAAAUUCACAAUGGCUGACAUAAUCGUCUGAGUGACUACAUGGGACUUAUAGACAGUUUACGAGCUUACAACACAUUUAAAGUGAAGUGAAUUAAAAAUGAUACAAAAUUCGAUAGUAUUUGUAAGUUGAAAGCUAUUUAUACUAGUUCCUGUAAACUUGUACUGACAGAAGGGUAAACGAAAUCAUAGACUGUAAGGUGUGUGAACCUUCUACGACAAAAUAUAUCCCAAAAGUGCUUAAUUGCUUCAGUAUAGAAGCACCCUUUCCCUCUAGCUUGAACCACUCCUGUGAAAUCACAGCCUUGAAUCAUUUCUCGUAGUUGCGUUGUGUGUCAUGUUCCACUUGACAAAUGCUUAGACGGCAAGUCAGCUAAUGUAAAUGUUUAUACUGCUGUUACCCCUACGAGGGUUCAGAUACGGUUCAAUACCGCCUGGUUGUUUGGUACGAAGCUUUAGUUAGACUAUAAAUAGUAUACAAAAAUUUUUGGAAGAUGUAAAAAUAUUGUAUUGUCUUAGACAUGAAGCGUUGUGAACAUAUUGUAAUACUUAAACCUGUAUUUUAAAUGGGUGUUGCACGGAGAGGUACUCAUUGAUGUUAGUGCGCAUAUUUUGUAUUAUUGUGUAAACGUACUUUAGAACAGACAAGUUACAAGUGAUAUUAUCACAUACAGAUUAAAUAUUUUUAUGGUUAAAAAAGCUUCAGACUCCUCGUCUUAGAAAUAGAUUAUGGCCUCAAGUUACUUGUCGCGAUGUUAAUGAAUCAGGAUUUUCAGUUUAUUCCUUGUGAACAUGUACAAACUGUGAAUAAAUAUGUAUUUAACUGAAGAGAAAUGUCCUGAAAUAAAUGAAAAGAAACGUUA